AUGGACGCAGGCGGUCUUGCUCAGAUGUCUUACAACGGCAACAACUUCCCAUCCAGCAAUGGAUUGGGUUUGCCCGGUUCAGGUUUUGCCUCGCGACGAGCAAACGGGGCCACGCUCAAACGUCUCAACUUCCAACCAUCCAAGCAACUGGAUCCUCAAGACAAUGGUGCCCCAACCCCUCGCACUUCACGAUCCCACUUGCUGGCUGGAUUGAGAACUGCUCCCAAGUCUGCCACGACCGGUGCCUUUCCUUCCACCGCACCACCAACACAGUUGCAACACAACACCGGACUUGGCGCUAGCAUGUAUGCCAAUGAGGAAUCCUACGCCGGUCCCAAGACGAGCUACCCACACCAGCAACAACAACAACAACAGCAACCGCAAACCAAUGGUUACGGUCAGGUGAACAACCAGCGUCAAAUGUAUCCAGUGGCGGAGCAAAUCAUGGCUCCUCUCGCUCCACCAGAGAUUGUUCUCGAUGAGCAGACCGAGCAAGAGAUGGAUCCGAACUUGUAUGCUCAACUCGUGGCUACCAACAUGUACCUCGCGGAACAGCAACAGCGACUCCAGCAACAAUUGAUGAGCGUCCAACAUGCCGCCCAACAGUUCCAAGGCAUGAGCUUGGGUAUGCAACAGCAGCAAUUUGCUACUCCUCCCAUCACUCCACAAAACAUGUAUCAACAGCAGCAAAUGAAGCAAAACAUGCAACCCAUCAUUGCUCCAGUCAUGGGAGCUCAGCCUGGUGUCUACUCGUACUUCAAUCCAGCUACCGGUCAACAAAGCUACUUCAUGGACCACACUGGCCAAGCCGCCCACUACAUUCAGGAGCAGAUGGUUCAGCAAGCUGCUGCUAUUCAAGCUCAAUACUCUCCACCCCAACAGCCGGGUACACCAAGACUCCAAGUUUCGCCUCCUCCACCCAACCACGAGACUUCAAGCUACAAUCGCAGCAUCAGCCCACCAAAGAAGGCCUCAUCCCCACCACAGGGCCAUGCUCCAUUGCCACCACCAUCCGCAGGUGCGUUCCGGCGUGGACACCGCAAGGGUACUACGCUUGAUGAAUCUCCAGUGGCUGACGCCCCUCGAUCGGCCAUGCUCCCAAAGACCGCAGGUUUCCCAGCAACACCAAAUGCCCCUGGAUUUGGUCCUGGUCAAGCUCGUGCUGGUGAGCACCCUAUCCGACAACCCCGUGGUCCACCACCAUUGGAUGAGUUGAUCGCCAAGCCAACUACCAAGUUUGAGGGAAGCAAGAACUUUGCAGCUCGUACCCGCCGAAAUGCGGUUCACAACUUGGUUCGUGCUGGAGUGGAACGCCGCAGAAGCCCAGACAGUGCCGGUAGCAUGUCUCCAGUCUCGGAAGCUGCGGAGCGGAACUACACGGUUUCAUCCGACAACGAUUCUGACAGCGGUCGCAGUGGAAGUGGAAGCCUUUCUGGAAGACCAAGCCUUGGCAGCUCCCGUACUUCCGCCCAUGGCGCGAUUGGUUCUGAUCGCCCGUCAUCCCGACAAAAGGAACACUCGCUCGAGCGCAAAUCGGUUGCGUCAUUCGACAGUAGCUUCACCGCUGGUAGCGUCAGUGGUGACGAGGGCCAAUCCGUUGGAGGUAGCUUUGCAGCAGUCUUCAAGAAUGGAGGAAAGAAGGCAGAGGUAGCCACCGCAGAGGGUGGUCCACGAAAGGGUGGCAUGCUCGUUCUCUCCUCGGCUGAGAAACGUAAGAGCUCCCAAUUCUAA